AUGAACACCUCGAGCCCUGUGGCCUACGCUCUCGGAAUCUACCUUCUCAACCUCUUCCUAGCCUUCUUGCAACCCAAAUUUGACCCUUCGAACGAUGCCUUAGACCAAGACAUGGAGGAUGGCGCCGCGGGCGGUCUCCCCACCAAAGCCGAUGACGAAUUCAAGCCCUUCAUCCGCCGCCUUCCCGAGUUCAAGUUCUGGUACUGGGCUACCCGCGCCAUCGGCAUUGCCUUCUUGUGCAGUUGGUUCGAAAUUUUCAAUGUGCCAGUUUUCUGGCCUGUCCUUGUCAUGUACUGGAUCAUUCUCUUCGUCUUGACGAUGAGGAGGCAGAUUCAGCACAUGAUCAAGUACCGCUACGUUCCCUUCUCCUUCGGAAAGAAGAGCUAUGUCAAGAACAGCAACUAA